CUCCUUGAACGUGAUCCAAGUCGUCUGCUCAAAACAGUCCUGAAAAGCAUUAUAAACACGGAGGUGAAUUCCCGCGGUAAAUAAAAAGGUCUGCAUCUGACAAUAGCAAACUCCACCAGCGGUGAGCAGUACUUAACGACAUGCACAGAGUUUUUACACCAGGACUCAUUGAUAUAAAUGCAUACUGCUCCGCCGUUUUUUUUUGCCGGAGAGCGCAUUGUCUAUCGGCACGGAUUAAGACUAAUCCAUCCAGAUGAAUGGCGGCGUCUGGAAUACUGUCGCUGAGCCAUGUUUCAGCAAAGAUUAAAACACAGCAGUCUCUGAACUCUCGCUUUGUAGUCUGCUGGACUUUGAUGCAGUCCAGUUUAUUAUCCAAGGAGCAGACAUUUGAAAGGAAUAGAGAUAGUAGAGCUGGCCUGCUAGGAUUAGCUUUUAGCCUAGCACGGACCCCAGCUCGCUUCCCCCGCUUCUGCUUCCUUGCACACCGCUUGCGGUGUCUGCCCCUUCGGCAUUCGGACUUAGGCGACGCCGUGGUCUGCAGGCCUGGUACGCAUAGCAACCCGAGCUCACAGAGCGUCUGAAGCGCGCCGUCGUCCAGGCAGAAGACUAGAAGUCUUUGCAACAGAAUGACAGGCAGAAAUGGUUUUAAAUGUGUACUUCUACCACUGAGCAUUCUUCUGUAUAUUCCAGAUAAAUAAAUGACAAGUUCCCAGUGCAAUUUUGCACUGAUGUUGCUUCUAGAUGCAGUGUGAAGAUUUAUGUGACAGAGGGUGUAUUUUCACACACUUCAGCAUUUCAGGUACUCUGGAUAAGAGUGUCUCAUGCCUUCGUCAGACUGUCUGUGCUCUGCGGGAGUCAGAAAUAAUUCUGAGAUGCAAUUACCCGAACAUCAACAUAAAAAAGAAAAUCUGGAUUAGCCCAAAACAGAAAGAUACAUGGAGGGAUCAAGAACAUCCAGAGGAUUUAAGUUCAGAUGUAGACUACAAAGGGCGUGUCAGUGAUACUAAGACCACAGCAAACAGUUCAACUCUUAAAAUAACAGGCCUAAAACACACAGACUCAGGGGAAUAUCACUUCCUGCUCAUCACAGCAAAUGAAGAGAAAUAUAUCAGUUCAAAAGCAAUCAGUCUAACAGUUGCAGACCUGCAGGUGAGGAUGACCUCUGAUCAGAGUGGAAAGACAGUGAACCUCACCUGUAGCACUUCCUGCCAGCUGACCUAUGAACCUGAUUAUUACUUUUGGUAUAAGAACAACAUUUACCUACAAUUAUUUACACCUUACAAAAAUCCCAAGCCUCUUGUUUUGUCUAGUAAGACUGAUUCUGGCAACUACUCCUGUGGUGUUAACAGCUGGAAUAUCAAAUCCCCUGCAGUUGAAGUCUCACUGGGUGUGAGUUACAAAACAAGAAAUAGUGAAUAUAACAUUCAGAUCACCACUCAGUCUGGAAGGAUAUUUUCUGCUUCUCCUGGAGUCACAAGUCCAGGAAGCCCAGAGAAAGGCCUGGAGGAAAUCAUGAUGUUGAUUUUUAUCACAGUCUUUCUGGCUCUAGGACUCAUUAUAGGAGCUCUGUGGGUGUGGAGGAGAAACUCCAGCUCAGCUAAAGGCCACAAGAAGACUGGGGCAGGUGAACAGAGUGAUCCCAUGUCAGCCCAGGCCAUGAGCUCAGACGCCUUAAAGAAAGCCUCAUCACCUGGUGAUGGUGAAAUUCAGUAUGCCAGCAUUCAUUUCAUACCCCACUGCAGACAGGAAGAGUCCUCACUCCCUCCUUCCAAGCUUCCUAUAGACACCACAGAGGGAGACAGUGUUCAGUAUGCUGCUGUGAACUUCAAACGGGACACUACUGCCACACAAUCAAUGAUCAUGUGUCAGCAACUGGGUUUUCAUGGAAUGUGGUUCACAGCGUUCAGCUAAAACUGGUAGCUGGGCUGUCCCUUUCACUGACCUACUGAGGGCGCACAUCUGACAAUAAAUUACCAUCCUACAUUAAUGUA